AUGGUUGAAUGUUAUGUAACCAUAGAGUGCACAAAACUGACGUUUGCUCAAACUACCAUCAUCAUCAUCAUCAUCAUGAGACCGACAUAUGCAAGUACUGAUAACUUAUCAGAAAUAUCAGAAUCUGGUACGGGCCGAACUGGAAGCACUUCUGGAAGGAGCGGUUAUAGCGAUAAUAGAGAUGAACUCUUAUCUAUUUUGGGUCUCACAGAAGACGAUGAAAUAUUCACGGACAGGUUCCGGAUAGAUAGAAAAAAAUUAGAAGACAUGAUAAUGAGUGAUAAUGAUGCACUGGAUGCCACUCAAGCUUUUUUUCAAAGGAUCAUGGAAGGUUCUGGUACACACAUCGCGUGGCCGACGAGAUUAAAAAUCGGAGCCAAAUCGAAAAAAGAUCCACACGUUCGAGUGGCUGGCAGAAGCCUUCAAGAUAUACAAACGGCCAAAGAUACGAUACUAUCAGCUUUGGGCAUAAGGAACAAACAAGUUACCAUGAAACUCAACGUGAGUUACACUCAUCAUUCGCAUAUAAUCGGAGAAGGAGGACAAACGAUAACAAACGUACGAAAACAAACCGGUUGUCACAUACAUUUUCCGGACAGCAACAGAUCCGGAACAGAAACGAAAAGCAAUCAAGUUUCCAUAACGGGAUGCAUCGAAGGCGUUGAAAAGGCUAGAAAUCGAGUCAGGGAACUCGUACCUUUAAUAUUUUGUUUUGAACUUCCAGUAUUAGGCUCGAUUCAAACGUUUCCAGAUAUGAAUUCUCCGUACAUACAACAAAUAUCCGAAAAAUAUAAUGUACACGUGUCGUGUCGAACCCGUUCAAGACUUCAUGCUACACUGGUUGUAGUAAAAGGUUGCGAGUGGGAAGUUGACUCUGUUAAACAAGCAACUUUACUUUUGAUUAAUCACAUGUGCGGAAAAGUGGCUAGUCAAGUUCCUGUCCAAAUGACAAUGGAAAUUUCUCCUCAUCAUCAUCCGAUGGUUUUAGGACCCCAAAGUCAGUACUUGAAAGCGAUAAUGGAAAACACGCAAACGAAAAUUAUGUUUCCAGAUGCGCAAGAUCCAAACAUACCGGUACUGAAAAGAAGCAACGUGACGAUCACUGGACAAAUUAAUAAUGUUUAUUUAGCAAGGCAGCAAUUAAUGGGCUCCCUACCAAUAAAUUUGACUUUUAGUUUGAGUGAAGAAAAUAUGGCCAUAGACUCAGAGAGGAUUAACCAAAUAAGUGAAGCGCUGGACGUUUCAAUAUCGACCCGUCAUUGUCCUAAACAAAACAACCUCUCUGUUAUCAUAAAAGGAGUUGAGAGAAAUACUUCUAAUAUUUAUGAAGCAAGACGCAUCUUGCUUAAUUUAGAAGAAAAAAUCGAAGCUUCCAUACCAGAAUCAUAUAAAAUUCCAAAUCCCCCGAAAAUAUUUGACGUGAACGAGAUUAACGACAUUAAUUCAACCAGAGCUUUGCCGAGUAUUUUGACGCUUGAUAACGGAUCCAGUUUCCCGCAAUUGUCUCUGUCGGACCACUCUCCAUUAUUAAUGCCAUCUUUGUACAAUCCCAUAUGGGGCUCUCAGUUACCUCCGGGACUCAUGUCGAUAGCUUGGGGACAAAUGAUGUUACCUCAACAGCAACAACAACAACAACAGCAGCAGCAACAACAACAUCAACAACAACAACAAACUCAUCAACAGCAACAACCCAUGAUUAUGUCUCGGCCUAGACCGACAUCGACAGUUACCGGUCGCGAUAUAUCCGUAGGUUCGAGCGGGUACGGAUCACAAUUAACACUCAAUCAAUUCGGAAGCAUGAGUACUUCACCUAUUUCGGAUACCAACGGAUUAUCCGCCAUAUCAUCGUUUAGUAGCAACACUAGUUCUUUAUCGACACCAGGAGUAAGUCCAAGAAAUCAAUCGCCAACCAUGCAAGGAAUGGAUCAUCAACUUUCAUUAGGUAAAACAAAGGAAAUGAAAAGGCAGAGAACGAUUGAUUCGGCAGAAAAUUUACUGCUGAAAAAUGUCAAAGAGGAUUUAAGUAACAUGAUGAAAGUAACACCGGAUUGGUCAGAUCAAAGAAAUUUAGGUUUCGAUUCUACUCCGAUACAAACCCUCACCCCUAUUGAUUACGAACAAAAAAAAUUUCUCGCUGUCAAAGCCAUACAAAACAUGCCCAACAGCAACGAAGUUCGUGUUCCAACAUCAGCGUGGUCCGGCUACGGUUUCAGUUUAACGAGUCCUUCAUCUUUGUUCAGCGAUCAGAAAGAAUUUAUGAAUUCUCAUAACGAUUUAUUCGAUGGUGAUCCGUGGAAAAAUUCAUCCGAUCUUCCGCCAUUUUCCAACUUAACGGAAAGGGAUCAAACGAGUUCGUUUAUGAGCAACAGUAACGCCAUAGAAUCCGUACCCAGCGGUAUGUUAAAACGCAUACAAAAUUGUGACACGGAUUUACCGACGUUGUUGGCAUCCCUGGGAUUGGAAAAAUACAUACAACUUUUCAAAUCUCAAGAAAUCGACAUGUCAUCAUUUCUAACGUUUAACGACGUCAAUUUAAAAGAAAUCGGAGUAUUAGCUUACGGUGCCAGACAUAAAAUGAUGCUUGCCAUAACGGAAUUAAAAAAGCGUCAAUCUUCUUUAAUAAGUGCAGCACCAGGAGCUGAAAGGAAAAGAUCUCACGGUUGGCCGAAACCUGAACAAUGA